AACUCUUGACGGAAAAGAGCGGAUGUCACGAUGGGACGGUGAUUCGUGUAGGAUCGAUGAAUGGAGUUUCCUGCUCGAGGCCUCGAAUGAGCUGCGGCCCAUGCAUGGACUUGCGGGAGCAGUAGACUGCAAUCAUGCAGCCACGCAGAGUGGCUUUCAAAAGUGCCCUUGUUUCGCAGGAAGGGGUCUUCGGUCAGAUGAGAUGAGAUGCCAAACAAUGUCGGUAGUGGGCAGCGCGUGUCUGCAGCUGCCCUUCGACCGAGUGGAUAGUGGAUAGCGUCCAAAUGUGUCCAUGACUCAGUGAUCAGAUCAUCAGAAUAAGAGCGCAAGAAGGUGGGGAUCAAUCAAUCCAGAAGCAUGCUGUCGGAGAGACGAGAGCCCUGAUUGUCGGUCUGCUGAAGGAGUUGGUGGCCCCUACCUGCGUGGCGUGAUGGUAUUCGAGACCCCUUGGCUCAUGCCGCGUGGACUUGCGAUCUUGUGUCGUCUCGCCACAGCACUCGGGAGCAAAAUCGAGUGCUGGGCGGGGUAGAUAGACGGCGGUGGUCGAUGUCAGUGCGAUUGCAAUAUCAGACGUGAGCAUUUGAUGCGCGAAGGCGCGGCGAUCUGUAAGGGUUUAGAAUGGCGAUUUCCUUGAGGAAGAUUUGUGCGGCAUGGGGAGUCCUCCUUGUCAGCUACGUUGGUUUGUGCUUUGUGCUGUGGCCUUUUUUGAAGUUGGAGACGGCUCCCGGAGAUUGGAAGGUGGCAGGAGCUGGUGACGAAGUUUUGGCCGAUUUCUCCGCCUCCGCCUCCUCCUCCUCCUCUUUUCCUCAAACAUGUCCGGCUGAUUCAAAAUCAGGUUUGUGCUCACCCACUGAAAGGAGGUUCUUCUUUGGUUUGGCAACUGCACCUGCCCACGUAGAAGAUAAUCUUAAUGACACUUGGCUGGAGUUCGCCAGAGGUCACAAUGGGAUAUUUCCGGUGCGAGCUUGGCAGAAUGUUCCCAUUCCUGAGGAGCGAUUGCGCUUCUGGACUCAACCAGAGAUCGAACUGGAUCUGGCCAAAGAAACUGGAAUAACUGUCUUUCGACUGGGCAUCGAUUGGGGUCGCCUCGUAACAGAAGAACCAUAUAAUGGCAUGGACCAAGCGGUUGAUAUGGAAGCUGUGGAACGCUACAAAGUCAUUCUCCAAGCUAUUCGUAGCCGUGGGAUGCGAGUGAUGCUUACUCUUUUUCACCAUUCGAUCCCAAAGUGGGCUUUAAUUUAUGGAGGCUGGACUCAAGAAAAAACCGUAGGAUACUUCACAGAGUUCACAAGAUUUGCCCAGAAACACUUUGGAGAGUACGUGGACUAUUGGAUAACAUUCAAUGAACCCCACAUAUUUGUCCUCCUUACACACUGCUCAGGAACUUGGCCUCCUGGUGGACAACCUUCUUGGAAGGAAUCUCUCCUCUGCUUUACCCCGUAUGGCCAUUAUGGUAAGGCCAUGGCUGCUAUCAGUGAGGCACACAAAGCUGCAUACAAUGUUCUUCAUGAAGGGGACCCGAAAGCAGUAGUUGGAGUUGCCCAUCAUGUUGGAGUGAUCAAACCGUACGGAAUUUUGGACAUUCCCGUUGUCGUAUUUUCGAGGUGGUUGACGGAAUUUAAGUGGAUAGAUGAUAUCCACAAGCACCUUGAUUUCUGUGGCAUCAACUACUAUGGACAGGAAAUUUUGUCAAGUGCUGGAUUGAUGCUGGUGCCCGAGGAAGAGUACAGCGAAGCCGGUAGAGGGGUGUAUCCAGAUGGCCUGUAUGAGGUUCUUGUGACCUUCCACAAGCGCUACAGGAGAGCUCGACCAAGUCUACGCUACAUUGUCACUGAGAAUGGCUUUGCAGAUGCCCGUGAUAUUGUGCGCCGACCUUACUUGUUGGAGCAUCUUCUGGCUGUGAACGCGGCUAUACAAAAGGGCGUACCAGUAGAUGGUUAUGUGCAGUGGACCAUUACAGAUAACUGGGAAUGGGCUGAUGGUUACUGUCCAAAGUUUGGACUUGUGGAUAGCGACCGAUGGGAUAACUUGAGUCGUCAUCCACGUCCCUCGUACUACUUGUACCAGAAGGUGGUUCGAUCUGGCUUGAUCCUUGAUCAACAAAGGAAAGAGGAGUGGAAUACUUUACAAUCUGAUAUGAGACAAGGUGGAAUCAGGCCUUUCUGCAGAGUUUCAGAUUCUCAUGGUCGUAUGUGGGCUGAGAGCCUUGAUGUACCUGCAACGCGCAAGAUUGCAGAUAAAGACUGGCGGUUUGGUAAGUAUAAGAACCCUGGAGUUUUGGAGUAUGUUUUGAGGUCCUUCAAAGUGAUAGGGAUUUUACUCGAAGACUUGGGGAAUUGGUGCAUGGGUUCAAAUCCUCACAUGAGCCUUCCACCAGAACUUAGGACCGGGGAGUUGUAAAUUACAUUAGGAUCGAAAUUUGUACAGUAAUACAACCAUUUUCAUACAUGAACUUCACACGGAGAUUUGUCUCUGAUGCUCACAUGAAGUUUGUGCGAGGCAGUAUAGGUAUGACUUAUGCAGUAGCCCAGUUACAAGUCUACCUGUGCCUGAUUGUUACUUUUCUAUUUAUUCUGUGUUCUUAACCCGUAAGUUAAUUCGUCCAGGAGAUGUUGCAAAGUACUUUCUAGUUGGAGAGUGUAGUCUGCAAAAUUGUUGUGCAAUCUACAAUCACGGUGACAUUUUUUUAUAUAUUGAAAAUUCAUAGGGUCUUCUCCAUGAUUGCAGUCACAUAAUGGCGGAAUUUGCAAGCCAUAUCCUUGCAAUUUUUCUACUCUUAUAGCUCGUAGAGCAUUUGC